AUGUCCGUGAGCGUUGCCGGGGCGCACGUGGUCUUUCGGGAUGGGGAGGGCACGUUGCACGCCGGGAUCAUCCCCGUGUGCAACAGCUGCAACCGCUCGGAGCUGGACAUCGUCUGGCCGUGCGCAGCCGUCACGAUAAUGACCGUACGCCUGCUAGGGGACAGGAGGGCGUCAACGUACACUGGAGAGCUGUACCCGAGAGAUAGGACGCGGCGCUACGAGAGAAUCACGCAGAUCCUCACGACCCCCACUUCUGUCUCGCUGACGGGCCCGCUCGCGGGCGCCCCCGAUCCCACGCCCCACACGAGCGAGUGGAAGCGCGACCCCGAUCGGUAUAUGUGGUUUAUGGGGUCCUUGCUCCAGGGCAGUGUCCACAGGGGCGGGAUUAGCGACAAUAGCCACGUGUCCAGGGUGGUGUUGUUCGAGGGGAGUAAGUAG